UCCUGCAUGUCCAGAAAUCUGCAAACUAAACUCUCAGCCCCCGGAAUCGAGGCACCCGUCACUGGCAGGCACUCGGACCCAGGACAGCAGAAGGGCGGAGAGCGCGCCCGGGAGCUCCUCGCUGCCCGCUCGCGGCCCCAGAAGCUGCCCCAGCGCUCGCAUGGCCCUAAGGACUUCCUCCCCGAUGGCUCGGCGGCCCAGGCCGAGCGGCUGCGCCUGUGCCGGGAAGAGCUCUGGCAGCUGCUGGCCGAGGAGCGCGUGGAGCGCCUGGGCAGCCUGGUGGCCGCCGAGUGGAGACCGGAAGAGGGUUUCGUGGAGUUGAAGUCUCCUGCGGGUAAAUUCUGGCAGACCAUGGGCUUCUCAGAGCAGGGCCGGCAGCGGCUUCACCCCGAAGAGGCAUUGUAUCUGCUGGAGUGUGGCUCUAUCCAGCUCUUCCACCAAGACCUGCCACUGUCUAUCCAGGAAGCCUACCAGCUGCUGCUGACCGAAGACACCAUCACUUUGCUGCAGUACCAGGUCUUCAGCCACCUGAAGAGACUGGGUUAUGUGGUUCGAAGAUUCCAACCAAGCUUAACCUGGAUGGCAGCACCCAGUGCUUGGAGGAUAGGGAUGGCAAGAGGAAGAGGAGGGGCUCCAGCUCUCGGUAAUGUCCCCUGUCAUGGCUACCCCCCAGGGAGUGCUGGUGUCUGGGACCUUGGAGAAUGCACAGCCUUAGGAGCGAGGCUUGCGCGGCUCCUGCGCAGGCUCAGGGAGAUGUCUGCGUGGGAUGUGUGCACCUCAGCAAUCAGGAGCAGAUGUGCUGCUUUUCCUCCCACCUCCCUCAGGUCCAUUAAUAAGAAGGCCAAGGCCCUGGAGAACUCCCUGCAACCAGAGAGUCUGGCAACUUCUAGCUCACCUCCCUGCAACCAGAACAGCCGAUGCCCAGAAGAGAAAUCCCAGGAGUCAAGCCCCAUAAAGGGCCUAGUGGGCCCAUUUCAGCUUUUGGGGUCCCUGGGGCCCUGCCCUGGCCUGGCCAGGGAGGGUGUGGGGUGCAGCCAGGAGAGUGGCAAAGUAGGGAAUGGAGUCCAGGGGGCUCAGAAGCCACGCUGGAACUUUGAGCAGAUUUCCUUCCCCAACAUGGCUUCCGAUAGCCGCCACACCCUCCUGCUUGCCCCAGCCCCGGAGCUGCUCCCGGCCAACGUGGCUGGGCGGGAGACAGACGCUGAGUCCUGGUGCCAGAAGCUGAACCAGCGGAAGGAGAAGCUAUCCAGGCGGGAACAGGAGCAACAGGCAGAAGCCAGGCACUUCCAGGAGGACAUAAAUGCAGACCCUGAGGUGCAGCGCUGCUCCAGCUGGCAGGAGUACAAGGACCUGCUGCAGAGGCGGCACCUGCAGAGCCAGAACCUCCCCCAACACCUGUGGGGCCAGCCUGUCACGCCCUUGCUGAAGCCCGGCCAGGCAGACUCUCCAGCCAUGGUCCUUCAGCAUAUCUCUGUGCUGCAGACAACACACCUUGCUGAUGGAGGUGCCCGACUGCUGGAGAGGUCUGGGGGCUUGGAAAUCAGUUUUGAUGUUUAUCAGGCUGAUGCUGUGGCCACCUUCCGAAAGAAUAACCCUGGCAAACCUUAUGCCCGGAUGUGCAUUAGUGGAUUUGAUGAGCCUGUCCCAGACCUCUGCAGCCUCAAGCGGUUGUCCUACCAGAGCGGUGACGUCCCUCUGAUCUUUGCCCUGGUGGAUCACGGUGACAUCUCCUUCUACAGCUUCAGGGACUUCACAUUGCCCAGGGAUCUGGAGCACUGACCACACAGCUCUGUGGGGGAUGGAGCUUGCUCUGGGGGACCUGGACUGUCCUCAGGGACCACCUCAGCUGUCUCCUGUACCCGGACUCUGACCUGUAGCUUC